UUUUUUAUUUAGAUCGAGAAGCACAGCUUUCUCUUGUUAUCGUCAUCGGGGUUUGGCGCUUGACUGACUGGGUUUUAGAGUCGCAGGAUGUCUCGUUAUUCAAGGCCGCCCAACACAUCUCUCUUCGUCAGAAACGUGGGUGAUGCCACCAGGCCGGAGGAUUUGCGCCGUGAAUUUGGUCGGUAUGGCCCAAUAGUAGACGUUUACGUUCCACUUGACUUCUACAAUCGUCGCCCACGAGGAUUCGCUUAUAUACAGUUUGAGGAUGUUCGUGAUGCUGAAGAUGCCCUGUAUAAUCUUAACAGGAAAUGGGUUUGUGGUCGACAAAUUGAAAUACAAUUUGCUCAAGGUGAUCGGAAAACUCCUGGACAAAUGAAAUCCAAAGAGCGCCAUGCCAGUUCUCCAGAUGAUCGCAGGAGAUCCCGAAGCCACAGCAGGAGGAGGACACGUAGUCGAAGUUCCUCUUGGGACCAUGGUAGGAGGAGGUCUGGCAGCUUAAAAUCAUCGAGGCGCAGAAGGCAUUCUUAUAGUCAUUCAAAGUCACUUUCAAAAUCUCCUCAAAGGCGUUCCAGGACACCUCAAAGACAUUCCUUCUCUAGAGGACGCUCAAGAUCAAUGGAGAAAUCCCCUUCUGGCUCACCUCAAAAGCAAUCUAGCUCUGGAUCAAAGUCCCAGCCAGGCCAGAGACGCUCUGGCUCUAAUAGAUCCCACUCGAAAUCUCCUCAUCAUAGACAUUCAAACUCUUUAUCUCAAAAAGAAGCAUCCAGACAUUCUCGUUCCAGGUCUAGGUCACGGUGUUACAGGGGAAAAGACAGUAGACAAUCUGGUUCUGACGAAGACUAGUGUACAUAGUUGAGGUUGUUGCAAGUUUUGUCCACAAUUUGCAGACUUCUCAUCUGCCUAGAAGUUAACAAUAUCAGCUAGACUUCUUUGCUUACUUUCUAAAAACAAGUUAGGACGUUACAUGUGAGAAUUGGGGGCGAGCUGUUCUGAUAGUUUCUUGGGCACUCUAAAACCCCCUUGUAUAUUGAUUGAGUGUGGUUUGUUUUUGGUCUAAAACACAUGUAAGGCAUUCUUUUUAGAAAACAUAUUAAUUUUUUAAGUUCAUUGGACUGUUAGAUGUCUCAAAGUGUUCUCUGGAGUGUGUUCCUGCAAAAUAUAUGCCAGUGUCUUGUUUUACAUUCUAGAUCUACCACCUGAUAUUUAUCAAGAAGUGUGUAAGGGAAUAUCUGGCACUUGCUAUGCUUAAAAUAGCAAAAGUCCACAGUCCUCAAAUGAGUCCCCUCCCUCCGAUCAUUUUGGCGACACGGAACUUGCUGGCGCAUGCAGCCAGCAAGCCGAAAUGAUCGGAAAAGAACAAGAAGUUUCAGAAGAUGGAGCCUGCUAGCUCCACUGUGAAUUUCUGCUUGUAGAGAUCAGCUUUACUAUGAGAGGUGCUGUUUAGUGAUAUAGACUCUGUAGGGAGGGGAGCAGAGAGGGAACUCAUUUGGAUGGGGACUUUUGGGGGGGGGGGGUUAGUACUCCUGAAGGAUAGUGGGAUAAUCCUUCCAUCUUAUUAAAAUAUUUUGAUACAAACACAUCUGUGUAGAACUAACAUUUAAGUCUAAACAUAGAUAUUCAUUUCAGCAAUAAGGGUUGUGGCAUCAAGUGCUUUUUUGAAGAUGUCUGUUUUAUGACUGGAAAUGAAUUUUUUUUUUCUGGAAAAAGUUGCAUAAAAUAUUUUUUCUUGUUUUGUUUACUGUGCUGCAUAACCAUUGUUUUAUUGCUUUCUGUAGUAUUUUCUGCAUUAGUCAAGUCCUUUUUAGAUGCCAUAAGCAGUUUCAUAAUGCUUUGAUUUUGUCUCAAGUGCUGUCACUUGAAGAGUUGGACAGUUCAAUAUUUUGUCCAAUGGUUUUAAUAAACUUAAAGUUUCCAAAUUAAA